AUGAGAAAGCGUGAAACAGACUACGGGGUUGCUAGUUCAAUUGCAAAGAAGCACAAGUCUGCAAUGGAUUCUGGGGAUUCUAGUUAUUCGAUCGCAAAGAAGAAGCCGGAAACUGAAGUAGAAGUCUCUUCAAUCCCGGAAGGGAACAACCCUCUGGCAAGUCUUCUUCCUCUAGAUGUUUCCUUUAUAAUUCUUGAUAAGUUGUUCGAAUCCACAGACCAUCUUUCUUUCGCUGGCGUUUGUAAAUACUGGUGCUCUAUUUCAAGAAACUAUAAUGUUGCAACUCAACGCUGGCACAAGAAGGGCAAGAUGCUUCCCCUUUUCUUGGUUAGUACUGAAUCCGAACGAAAAGGAAAGACUAGCAACCAUGAACUAGAAGCAUAUAACGUUUCUGGUGGACAUAGAUGCAAAGAUAAUAUUCAUUUUCCGGUCACUCAUGGGAAAAGGUGUUGUGGUUCUAGCCAUGGUUGGUUGGCCAUAUUCGAUGUAGAAGGCAAAUGUUUCUCCAUAACUCUGGUACACCCUUUCCAAAAAUCAGUGGAUCCAAUUAAACUCCCUCUAUUGGAUUUCAUGACGAACAAGCUGCAAGAGUACAUCCGAAAGGUUAUCUUGUCAUCCGAUCCCAUCUUGAAUCCGGAUAGUUAUGUUGUUGUUGUACUCUACAGUGGUUACGGUGGUUCAAAGUUGGCUUUCAUUAAAGGAGGACAACAACAAUGGACUUAUACCGAUAGGCGUCGAACGUGCCUUAAGGAUGUCACAUUUUACAGAAACCAAGUUUAUGCAGUUGUUGGCGGAAGCGAUGGAAAGGAAAGAAUCAUGUCGUUUGAUGUUCAUAGUUGUACUAAACUUUCAAAGCCACCAAAAGCAAUCAAUCGUACGCCUAAUGAUGUGCCAAAAAUAAGGGCUAACUAUUCGUAUCUUGUGGAGUCAGCCGUGGGAGAUCACCUGUGGUAUGUGAGAAGGCUAAUUUCUUAUGCAUCGAGAAACAAAAAGCACAUUGAGAGGUUUAGGGUUUACAAGGUGGUGUUCGAUGACAAAGAUGGAUCGGUUGUGGAACAAGUAGAGGUACAUAGCAUCGGAGAUGAGGCUUUGUUUGUGGGUGCGUCGGAUUCGAUAUCCGUCUUGGCUUCAAGCUUUCCUGGGUGUAAGCCAAAUUCUAUAUACUAUACCACUGAGGAGCCCUAUAACUUUGAGUAUCCGGACCACGAAACCUAUCAUAUCUCUAGUCUAGAUGAUGGAACCAUCAAAGAGUACGAAUGGAAUUAUCGACUUUUACCUUCAGCAAUUCCAUGUGGAGUUUGGAUUCUACCAAUGUUUAAGGGACUAUUCUAG